AUGCAAAUGUUCCGCUCCAUCGCGCAAUCGGUUUUUGGCUCCCCGACGAGCCGAAAGAACUUUCCGGUGCUCCUCAUGCGCACCAGCAGCGGCUGCGGCAAAACCGCCUUUGCCAAACGCGCAAUCUCUCAGGUCACGAACCUCAUGCGUGCGCAACACAACCUUACCUUUGGGCCUGCUGAUACUCGCCUGAAGCCGAAUCAGAGUUUCGAGCUUAUUAGACUCCUCGAAAGCUCCUUGCAAAUUUUCAUCGACUUCAAUGGUGGUGAUAGCUUGUACGAGACUCCCGCUUCCUGUCAGAAGUCCCUUCUUGCUGCUCGUCUGGCCGCUCAUGGGUUGUGCCACACAAACUUAACCAAUGCGAGCUGCACUUCAGUUUUCAGCGCAUGCAGGUCUGGUCUUCGCACACCACAGGUUCUCGACGCAAUUGUGGCACGCCAUCGCCAGCAACACCCGCAGCUCGCACGAGUUUUGAUCUUUGUUCACAUUGACGCGGAUCGCCGGAUCGCGCAAGACAUGUCCAGGGGUGCGGGGACCCUGCAGGAAGCAACUGAUUUGCUUCAGCGUGCGUAUCAAGAAAUCGUUGCGUACAAUGUCAACCAGAAGGAACAACAGGCCGUUGUGGUGUUACUUUUAACCGACACUGCUCUGAGUGGCAUGACGUUCGACACGACGCAGCACGAAUUCCAUCCAAUCAACCUUCAUCCCUUUGACCUGGACACGUCCAUGCUGCAUCUUCAACGGCUGGGGGUUCACGAAUCAUCGUGCCGGGAUUGGCAAUUUCGCCGGUUGGUUCGAAAGCUUGGAGGUCUUCCUUCACUCGUAGGAAGGCUGGUGGACCAUUACCCUGCAUUGUGGCAAGCGAUCGGCUCCAACCUUGGCAUCGACACUUCCACGGCUGCUGUUGUUGUGAGCCAAGAUAUGACGAGCAAAGCUAUCGCCCAUGUUCCUUAUGAUGGCCUCGAGACCUUGGUCGAACUAUCGUUCGCAAACCUCUCAGUCUCUGAAAAGACCCUGAUUGGUCCCAUCACAGUGGAACAGCUUGCGCAUCGCGGCGUCCUUAUCACGACCUAUUCCUCACUCGAUCGCGUCCACGUUCGCAUGCCAGUUGUGAUGCUGGAAGGUAUUGCGCGCCACCACGCUCGCAAUAACGAUUCACGUUACAAGACAAAGGUGAUGGCCGAAUUCAAUACGAUCACUGGAUGCGAUGGCGAUACCGCUUUCGAGGCCUUUGUUCUGUUUUCGGUCGCAUGCCGACUGAACUUGCUUCGGUCUCCACCCGCUUGUGCAUCAACUCUCCAGUCCGCGCCUGAGCCAGCUCAAUCUGCCCUGCUGUAUCAAGUUCUUGGUCUUUCCUCCCCGUCACUGCAAGGCAGCGCGCCUCGCAGUCUCCUGCUCAUGAGGUUUGAUCUGCAGAACCCUGUCGCAGGAGUCGCACAACGUUUCACCCUCUUGAAAGAGCAACAUCCGUUCAUCACAAACCAGCACGAUGUCGACGAUCGCCAAACUGUCCAUACAAUCCCGUCCUUUUCAUCAGACGCCCCGCUUGAAGUUGACAUGCUUGGUGCGGGUUCUUGCCACCCGGUGUUCCAGUGCGCAGGUUCAACGACCGGCGUGAAUGGGCGUGUUGCUUUACGACGCAGCCAAGCUGGGGCAAAGCCCGUACUGCUGCUGUUCCAGAUGCUGGAGGAGAUCACGCCUUGGUUUGGCCCGUCCGCAUCAGAUCUCGCUGAGGGCGUCACUCGGACUCUGGCGGAUCUGGACAGUUCGCCACUGGCAGCAGAUUUUCAUUUCAUACUCGUGCUGGCAAUCAGUGGCAACGAGUCCCAAGCUUGGGCCCAUGCCGCUCGGAAUGGAAAUGAUCGCGUUGUUGUGCUUGUUGGUCGCGACAGUGUUUGUCUGUGUCCGAUGUUCUGA